GCUAGUAUAAAAUAUUGAAUUUUACUAUAACAGCUGCUCUGUUCCAAGUUUACUCUACUUAGUACACACUACCUUGAAAAUGGAGUGACGAUGGGAAUGGGAUAUUCUUACAAUUAAUCAAUAAAUUAUUAUGUACGACUCGCAAGGAACUUGGGAUAGCUACGAAAUUUAUUUUACGGCAACACGACAAGGAAAUACAAUCUGCGUUGAAUAUUUCUUGUUUGUUACGUUGAAUUUAUUGGAAAGUCAUGGCUCAACCUCCGCCAUACAGUCAACAACCGCCUGAAAAUCCUCCAGCGUAUCCAGGAGAUGCAAAACAGGCUUUUCCACCCCAAAGCGGUCAAUAUCCUCCUCCACAAGGUUACUCCCAACAACCAGGCUACCAUGCUCAACCAGGCCAUCCUGCUCAAUCAGGCUAUCCUGCUCAACCAGGCUAUCCUGCUCAACCAGGCUAUCAUACUCAACCAGGCUACCAAGCUGUACCUCUGCAGCAGCAAAUGUCCAAUAUAAACACAACCACAAUUGUGGCAACACAACCAGGGCCUGUAGUCGUAACUGGAAUGAUGUUUGGUGAGGCACCAGUUAGCAUGGUGUGCCCUCGUUGCCAGGCCCAAAUAGUUACAUCAACUGUGUAUCAAGAUGGCUCAUUUGUGUGGCUAAUGGCUGCCAUUCUGUGUUUCAUUGGUUGCUGGCCGUGUUGUCUUAUUCCGUUCUGUGUUGACGGCUGUAAGGACGUGACACAUCAUUGUCCAAACUGCAGAAGCCAUCUUGGUUCUUACCGCCGAAUGUAAUCAAAAGAAUUUGUUUCGAAGUUCUGGCAAUAAUUCAAAUUUCAUUUUUGUUUAGUUUCAAUAGACAUGUAGCACUAGUGUAACGUCUAUGACUAUGAUGAUAUAGUUGGACUUUGGAUAACAAUACCAAUACCUCUGUCGCACGUUCGUUAAUAUUUUCGUUGCGGGAACUUUUAUAGUGUUCAAUUAUAGAGACGAAGACUGAAGAAUCUUUAGUAUGACUAGUAUUUGAUAGUGAUAGUUGUUGCGAAGAAGAAAUUGCCAGUUAUCAAUAACGCUAAAACUAGUCAAAUGGGACUUUUUCCCAAGACUUUAUUCACAUUGAAAACUUAUGCAUAGCGACCUCUAAAGACUACCUGCUCUCGGUAGUGGCAACAUCCAAUACUCGUUUUUUGUAAGCAAAACGCAUCACAUAUUUUGGAAUUUGUAUUGGUAUUGUUAUAGGAAGUCAUACUUAUAAACUCUCUAAUUUUAAAACAUUGUAUUUACCAUAACCUUCUUUUAUCAUCAUAUAUAGUAUUUCAUGAAAGUCAGCAUCAAUUUCGCACUAGCAUACACACGAGUUAUAACAAAUUGUGCAUUUUAUGAUUGAAUUGUGUAUCUAUGGUAAAAUUUGCAUUAAUAAUAAUUUUCUGAGAUCAGAAAUAAAGAUGUGUCAAUUAAA